AUGCCGGAACAAUGUUUUUUACGUUGGAGGCGUAAAUAUGGAAAUAUAUUUACAAUUUGGUUUGGAGAGCAGCCACAAGUUUGUGUGGCUGAAUUUAAUAAAAUUAUAGAAACAUUCCAAAAAGAUGGAGAAGCAUAUUCUGGGCGUUUUGGAUUUGAAGAAUUUGAUAAACUUGUUAGAGGAGGAACUUAUGGUGUAAUAAUGACUGAAGGUGAACUUUGGCGAGGACAGAGACGUUUUGCUUUGCAAAUAUUUAGAGAUUUUGGGCUUGGAAAGAAUUUAAUGCAAGAUAAAAUUUUGAGUGAAUUAGAAUUAUUAUUUGAGAGAAUAGAAGAAGAAAUAAAAGAGGGAAAGGAUGUUGAUUUUGGUGAAAAUAUUGAUAUAAGUGUUGGCUCCAUUAUUAACAAUUUCCUUUUUGGAUAUAGAUUUGAUAAUGAAAGACUUGGAGAAUUCAGGCAACUUAAAAAAUUGAUGGAUAUUAUUUUAGAUACAGGAUUUCAUCCAUCCAUGGUCUUAAUACGAUUAUGGCCCUCAUUACGACAUUUACCUUUUGUUAAUUAUUAUUUUGAAUAUCUGAAAGGAGUAAGUAGAUAA